AUGAAGAACAAGAACAUGGAGCAAAAAAAAUCCAAAAUGGCUGCUCGUCAGAGGGAGCGGUACGGUGUGCGGUUUGUGGAACAUCUAGCCAGACCAAAAACCGCCACCAUGCAGUUGUUGAAGCCCGGUUACUACCGGUUCGACAUCCUUAUUUUGCUCACCUAUCAGAUGAAUCACUUCUUCGGAGUUCAGCAAUUGUUCCCGAUCUUCCUUAAUCAUACGCCGAAAACCUUCUGUGUAGGUGAGUGGCAGCUUGUCUAA